AUGGAUAUAAAAAAUAAUAAUCAUGAAUUAAUUAAUGGUUCAAAUGACCUUGAUAAAAUGGCACCAGAAGAUAUGACAUCAAAAGAAUAUUAUCUUGAUUCAACUGCUCAUUUUGCUGUGCAUGAAGAAUUAUUAAAAGAUGAAAUUCGAACAAAAACAUUUCGUAAUGCUAUUAUAAAUAAUCGACAUUUAUUUAAAGAUAAAAUAGUAUUAGAUAUUGGUUGUGGUGUUGGUAUAUUUAGUUUAUUUGCUGCUAAAGCUGGUGCUAAAAUGGUCAUAGCGGUUGAAAAAUCGAAUGUUAUCGAAUAUGCAAAACGAAUUAUUCAUGCAAAUCGAUAUGACAAAGUAAUUAGAAUAAUUAAAGGAAAAAUUGAAGAUAUUGAAUUACCUGAAGGUAUUCAAAAAGUUGAUAUUAUUAUUGCUGAAUGGAUGGGUUAUUGUUUAUUUUAUGAUUCAAUUAUUCAAAGUGUUAUCUAUGCUCGAGAUAAAUUUCUUAAAUCUGAUGGUCUUAUCUUUCCUGAUCGUGCAACAAUGCAUAUGGUCGGUAUUGAAGAUCGGGAUUAUAAAGAAGAUAAAGUUGAAUGGUGGUCAAAUGUGUAUGGUUAUAAUAUGGGUUGUUUAAAAAAUUAUGUUAUGCGUGAACCAUUAGUUGAUACUGUUGAUAAACGUCAAAUAUGUACGGAUCAUUUUCCACUUAAAACAUUCGAUUUAAAAACUAUGACUAUUAAUGAUAUAAAUAUUGAUACUAAAUUUCGACUUAGUGCUCUACGUGAUGAUUAUAUACAUGCAUUUGUAACAUAUUUUGUUGUUGAAUUUACAGCAUGUCCACAACAAAUAGCAAUUAAUACUGCACCUGGUGCUGGUUAUACACAUUGGAAACAAACUGUUUUCUAUUUUCCUGAUUAUGCAACAAUAAAACAGGAUGAAAUUUUAGAAGGAAAAUUUUCAUGUAAAGUUAAUCUUCAAAAUACAAAAAAACUUGAUUUUGCGAUUGAUUUUCAAUUUAAUGGAGAACUAUCAACUUUACAUAGUCAAAAUCAAUAUUUUAUGAAAGGUUAA